GUUAGACAGCCCCGGGCAGAGAUGGAGGCAGAGGGGGUCCUUCGUGCUGCCCUCGUCUUCCUGUAUGAGGUCACGACCCGGGACGAGUAGCAUAGCUGGACGAGGAAGGAGGAAGCUGGUCACCAUUGUUACAUGUUUUAUCUGGAGGAGACUUCAUGAAGAGGGCGCAGGACUGAGCUCAGGAGCGGGAGGGGUAUCACUGCAGAGUUUAAAGAUGUUGUCCCGCUUGUUCCGCAUGCAUGGCCAGUUUGUGGCUUCCCAUCCAUGGGAGGUCAUUGUGGGUACGGUGACUAUGACCAUUUGCAUGAUGUCCAUGAACAUGUUCACAGGGAAUGAUAAAAUCUGUGGAUGGAACUAUGAGUGCCCGAAGUUUGACGAAGAUGUUUUGAGCAGUGACAUCAUCAUCUUGACCAUAACACGCUGCAUUGCAAUUCUGUACAUCUACUUCCAGUUCCAGAACCUCAGGCAGCUUGGAUCGAAAUACAUUUUAGGUAUUGCUGGGCUGUUUACCAUCUUCUCAAGCUUUGUUUUUAGUACCGUGGUGAUUCAUUUCCUAGAUAAAGAGCUGACCGGUUUGAAUGAGGCUCUUCCAUUUUUCCUGCUGCUCAUAGAUCUCUCUAAAGCCAGUGCAUUAGCCAAGUUUGCCCUGAGUUCAAACUCGCAGGAUGAAGUUCGAGCGAACAUUGCUCGUGGUAUGGCCAUUCUGGGGCCGACCUUCACUCUGGAUGCUCUUGUUGAAUGUCUGGUUAUUGGCGUUGGCACAAUGUCAGGUGUGCGCCAGCUGGAAAUAAUGUGCUGCUUUGGUUGUAUGUCCGUCCUAGCAAACUACUUUGCUUUCAUGACUUUCUUCCCCGCUUGUGUCUCUUUAGUCCUGGAGCUAUCCAGGGAGAGUCGCGAGGGCCGUCCCAUCUGGCAGCUAAGUCAGUUUGCAAAUGUGUUGGAGGAAGAGGAGGAUAACAAACCAAACCCUGUCACACAGAGAGUGAAAAUGAUCAUGUCUUUAGGCUUGGUUCUUGUUCAUGCUCACAGCCGAUGGAUAAGUCAACCAUCUUCUCAAAACAGUACAUCUAUUCAAGACAAUAAGGUCUCCAUUGGCCUGGAUGACACAAUUCCAAAGCGGAUUGAGCCCAAUAUGCCUCUCUGGCAGUUUUAUCUUUCUAGAAUGGUCACCAUGGACAUUGAGCAGGUCAUAACCUUGAGCCUUGCUCUUCUCCUGGCUGUCAAGUACAUAUUCUUUGAGCAAACUGAAACAGAAUCCACCCUUUCCCUGAAGAACCCAAUUACAUCUCCUGUUACCAUGCAAAAGAAACCAGUGGAGGGAUGCUGUAGAAAGGAACCUGUAGCAGAAAAGCCAGCAAAAGAAGUUAAAGUGGAGGAUGUCUCCUCAAAGGAGGAAAAAGAGGCUGUUAUAAAGCCAUUGCCUCUGGAGACUCUACCAGCCAGACCAAACUUUUCUCUGGGAGAUUCACCAUCACAAGACUCAAGUGAAGAGGAAAACGAAAACCAUUUGGAUAUACCAGAAGAGCCACGGCCCAUUAAUGAAUGUAUUUGCAUCCUCAAAAACCCAGAUAAAGGUGCUCGGUACCUUAGUGACGCAGAGGUGAUCAGAUUGGUGAAUGCUAAACACAUCCCAGCCUACAAACUGGAAUCUAUGAUGGAGACUUUAGAAAGAGGAGUUGCUAUUCGCAGACAAAUGUUGUCUAAGAAAUUGCCAGAGUCAUCUGCCCUUCAGAACCUGCCUUACAAGAACUACGACUAUUCCUUGGUGAUGGGGGCAUGCUGCGAGAACGUUAUUGGAUACAUGCCCAUCCCCGUUGGGGUAGCCGGACCUCUUAUUUUGGACAACAAAGAGUAUCAAGUUCCCAUGGCUACAACUGAAGGCUGUCUUGUGGCUAGUACCAACAGAGGCUGCAGAGCCAUACUGCUGGGCGGAGGUGCUCGAAGCCGUAUCCUGGCUGACGGAAUGACUCGAGGGCCAGUGGUGAGGUUGCCAUCGGCUUGUGAUGCAGCUGAAGUAAAAACUUGGCUGGACAGUCCCGAGGGAUUUAAAGUAAUUAAGGAUGCCUUUGACAGCACAAGUCGGUUUGCCAGACUUGGGAGACUUCAAUCCACUGUAGCUGGGCGCAACCUUUACAUCCGUUUUCAAUCAAAAACCGGAGAUGCUAUGGGAAUGAACAUGAUAUCAAAGGGAACUGAAAAGGCUCUGACUAGAUUACAAGAAGAGUUCCCUGAGCUGCACGUUCUUGCUGUAAGUGGCAACUACUGUACAGACAAGAAGCCAGCUGCCAUCAAUUGGGUGGAGGGGAGAGGAAAGUCGGUGGUGUGUGAAGCUAUUAUUCCAGCAAAUGUUGUACGAGAGGUACUGAAAACAUCAACAGCUGCACUGGUGGAUGUUAACAUCAGCAAGAAUUUGAUUGGCUCAGCCAUGGCUGGCAGCAUUGGAGGUUACAAUGCACAUGCAGCUAACAUUGUGACUGCAAUAUACAUAGCUUGUGGACAGGAUGCUGCUCAGAAUGUAGGGAGCUCCAACUGCAUCACAUUAAUGGAGAACACGGGCCCUACUAAUGAGGAUUUAUACAUCAGCUGCACAAUGCCUUCUAUAGAAAUUGGAACUGUUGGAGGUGGAACCACUCUGAUCCCUCAGCAGGCUUGCUUAAAGAUGCUUGGAGUACAGGGUGCAAGUACAGAGUAUCCUGGUAAAAAUGCAUGCCAACUUGCACAAAUCGUCUGUGGCACAGUAAUGGCAGGAGAACUUUCCCUAAUGGCCGCUUUGGCAGCUGGGCAUUUGGUGAAGAGCCAUAUGGUCCACAACAGGUCAAAAAUAAACCUUCAAGAUAUGCCUGGCACAUGCAUAAAGAAAGCUGCCUGAGUCCAAGAAAUAUUGGGAUGAAUACAGGACCAUAAGAGAGCAGAAAAUAAAACGGAAACUUCUCUAUAGGGGAUGUGCUUUGUCACGGUUGGGAAGGGAUGGUAUGCAGGCAACCUGAAAGGAAGACUUAUUACAGCCUCAACACAAGUCUAUGUGCCUCAUGUCUCGUUUGUCUCACAGGGUCCAGUUAUCACUGCUGGCCCCCAUUUGUCUGCUGCUAAGGCCAAAAAAGCCAAAUCAACUGAACUUGGACAUGUACAUUUUUUUUUUUUUUUUCCUUAACACCGCUUGCAUAAAACCUUUUCAGUUUGAAGCUACUUUUCAUUAAGUUUAAAGAAUGGUUGUUUUUAUCUUAUUUAAUAAUUUUGAGCAUUGUAAUAUACCUUGGUUUUAGUUGAUAAAAAGGAAUAAUUUAUUUCUUCUUCAUCCAGCUUCUCUUCUAUUUUUCUUCCAACUUCUCUUUUUUUUUUUUUUUUUUUUUUUAAGGCCACGGCAGUUUAGAAAGAAUGUUUCUAAAAUUCUGACAUAGAGGUGGGCAAUCUAUGACUUUCCAGCUAUUAUUAAAGCCCAAAAAUUCCAUGUUGAACUCGGCAUGUCUUUUUUUUUUUGUUUCUAUUCAUUUGUAGGUCCUCCAAAAAAAAAAAAAAAUGUUUUGAUCAUGUGGUAAUCUCGCUCACAUUGGUGUCCCUGUUGUGAUAGGGACUCUGUUUUGAGCACCUCUGAGUUUUCUUUGCUCACAGAAUUCUGUGUCUUUUUGCCACGAAGUUCAGUCAGAGAAAGUGAAGUCUCGUGAAAUUCUGGUGGUAAGCACUUUAGACAUACGUUUUUAACCCUACAGAACGGGCAUAUAGGUGUGAGUGAAGUUAUCAUCAUUCAAAACUUCCUUUAUCCAAUUGUGUACUAUUUGGGUGCAUUUUUCCUUUUACGUGUUCUGGGAGGCAGAAGUAUCUGCAUAUGUUUUACAGCUAUUAAAUUGUAUUUGUUUCACAAAUGUAAUUGUUAACUCCCUAUGCUUUCAAAAGCUACACGAUUUAAAAAAGAAAAUGUUGGAAGUGUGUUUUUUUUGGUGCUGGUGGCCAAAGUUCUUUUUUGGUGGUCUAUCACUACCUCAUUUAGAAUAGCUAUGACCUUCCAAUGCCAAACAAGCAAUGACAUCACAGUCUGCCCACACUUCCUGGGCGUGGGACACCAAUCCCCAGACUAGGCUAGUUUACAAUUCCAUACAAUUUUAUAUGGCUGUAUACACUGUCUGAGAUUUUAUACUUUUUGUAACUUUUAAUUUUUCUUUUUGUAUCACAUUUUUUUUUCUGUUUUUAAUACUUGGUAUUCAUCAGAGGUAUUAAGUUUGGUUUCAGAGGAGCAUCUGUCAACCUGGAAGCAAUGUGUUAACUACAGAAAGUGGUGCCUGUGUCACUUUUAAUGCACUGGUAAAGAGCUGACAUCGUGAUGAAUAAAGCAUCUGUUUCCGUUUUC